AUGACUACCAACUCUUUCGGCGGAGCUCUUCCUCGCUUCGACUUCCCUGCUCAACCACAACCUGCCAUGUCUCGCAUUGCACGCGUCAACAAAGCUCUUCCAGUAGUCUUGCUCGCAGCCACAGUAGCCGCACUCGCUGUCAAGACAAGACAAAACUUUGAUGCACCCAUCACUACAUCAAUGUUAUUUGCACGCCCGCAGAACUUGGUGCCUCAAGGGCAGAUAAGCAUUGACAAGAGGAAUGGCGAUGUGGGAUUGAAGCCAAAACAAUAA